AUGGUAUUUUUCACACUUCGUGUGCAUAUUGCCAAAUUAAAAUUAUUGGUUCCACUUCACACAAGCAAUCAUAAACUCUAUCUCAAAAUCACUGCUUAAGAUGAUUCUAAAAAAGUAGAAGCACCUUAGAUUACUAAUGAAAUGAUUACUAAAAACAAUGGAGUCAUCCAUAUCAUUGAAGAUUUGGAAUUUAAAUUGGAUUAGAAGUGCAAUAAAAUAUCAGUUUUUAUCUACGCUAAUAGAACAUUUAAAGAGGAUAUCUUGCUUUUCUUUAAUGAUGUUUCUUUAAGGAAACCCCUUUCUACAGAAUAGAUAGUAAAAAUUGAAGCGAAGCUAUAUAAUUCUGAUAAGGUAAAUGUGGCAAACCUUUACCUAGAAAUGCAAAGAUAGGGACAAAUAAUCUCAAACUAAGAUUUCAUGGCAGAUAUCACUUAAAGAUUGAAUAUUGAGGCAAGUAAAGUCAUAAAACACGAGCAGCCUGAAGAAUAAAAAACCGCAACUAUGAAUCAUAAUAGUUCAAGUCCCGGAUUCUUCGCAAGUUUACAGAUUAAUAAGGAUUCAGACAAAAACAAAAAAUCUAAUAGGGCAAAGUCUCAAGAAAGAGAGACAAAGCAAGCUUCUUCGAUGCCAUCAUCUCUAGAGAUCACUUAAUAAUUAUUUGCCAUUCCAAAUUUAGGCUUUAGCAUGCAAGAACAAAGAGAAAAAGCUAUACCUGGGUUUGAUCCGUUUUUAAUGGGGGAUAAUUUUUAGAGAUUCUUGAGAUCGAUUGAUGUUCCAGUAUAAAUAUAUGAGUACCUAUUCCAAAUAUUUACAAUUUAAAACUCAAAAGAGACAUUUAAUUUUCUUAUUCAGGCCUCAGUCUACAUAUAUUAUUAUGAGUAUGUACUUUGCUUACUACCACUUGCUCUUGUUUUAUUUAUUUUUUACAACUUCUAUUUCAAAAAAGAAUUCAAGAGGCCAACUCCAGAUUAUAUUAAAAACAUGAGAUUUAUCCAAAUGAUGAUGGGAAGUGUUUCUGAUAUGGUUAAAAUAUCUUACGAAUUCACAGAAGAUUUUUUGUAUUGGAGAGAUCCAGAUAAAUCCUAAAUGCUUAUCAAAGAGGCUUUAAAAUUACCACUUGGGAUAAUAAUUAUAAUUUAUUACGUACCAAUAAGAUAGUGUCUAAUAGUUGGACUCUGGAUGGCAACUCUUUCUAAUAGUCAAUUUUUCGUUACCAUAUCUAGAGUUUUUAUCACAAAGCUCCUCGAGUAGACUCAUAAAAUAAACAAAAAACAAAUUUAUGAAUUUAUAGCUAUUAAAAAGGAUCAGAUAACUAAUUUUGAGUUGCCGUUCAGUUCCCUAAUUUUUACUAUUAGAUCUUAUAUACAGCAAAAAUUUAAUUUAACACAGAAAUAAAGAUUCCGAAACGAAAGAUCUAUUACUUUUGAGGAGUAAGAUAUUGGAGAGGAGCAUACAGACAACACACCUUUCAGUGGUAAUUCUAAACUUCCACAUGUGAGAAUUAAGAAAAUGAGACAAUCCAUUGAAUAUGCUUAGGAUAAUUUUGAAGAGAACCUUGACAUCAACCAAGAAUUAAGGAAAAAGCCAAAUGAGAUAAAUGUUUUGAGAAAUAGUCAAAAUUUAAACCUGCGUAUUGAAUAACUUGAUCAAGAGCCUAAGGAUAGAUUUAGAAUCUCAAGAGGUAGUGCUAGAGCUAUACUAAACAAAGAGACUUUAGAAAAAUUAGAUAAUGUCUAGGAGGAUGAAAACUUAUUUAAUCCAGUAUAAGAUGAUGACUAUUAUAGUUUAAGCGACAAUGAAAAUGAUUAUGAAGAAGAUGAUGAUGUCUUAGUUCCUGAUCAUACAUAUUUUAAUAACAACAACAAACCUUAAGAUGACAAAUAAAUAUAGAGAAAAAUAUUUGUUACCUAUGAAAAUCAGAGAUGGUGGCUUAGUAGCUGGACUUCGACAUUGCUACCUGGUGAGAGGCAUAGUUGGAGUGAUUAAAAGGGCGAAAUGCAAUUACCCAAAGAGGCAUUUAAAUUACCAUCGAAGGACUGGGAAUGGGAAGAUAUCUGGCAUGUAGAUAAGCAUCCAGAAUUCACAGAUGAUGAUGGUUGGUCAUAUGGUGUGGAUUUUAGUAGUCCUUUUCAUAAACACCAAGGAAUGUUUGAUGUUGUCAGAAAAAGAAAAUGGGUAAGAGUAUGUAAAAAGAAGAAUUCUACUCCUCAUAAAGAAUCCAAAGCCAAUUCCACUUCGAACUAUAAUACACCUCACAGAAAGUGA